UGUGUAGCUGAGCAUUCAGAAAGUACACCACAGACUCUGCUUCCUCCAGAGGAGCCUUGUCUGUUAACAUCUCACUUUAAUUGUAGUCUGUAAGGUACCUGCAGGCAAGCAAGACUCACCAGCCAGCAGCCAUGGAAGAUCCAGUCUUCACUGACAUCCAUGAAAAUGCUAAUGACAUCACUGGCUCUGAGGUUUCAGAUUCUGAGGAAAAUAAAGGGGGUGAUCUUUCUGAUCAUGUCCGUGAAGAUUCAGCAUCCCCCCUUUCCAUCACUAAUAUCCCAGAAAACACAGAUGAUAGUAAAGAGAACCCAGAAGAUAGCUGUAAUAAUUCUGUGGCCUCUCAGCAUGCAAGUGAUGGAGAAAAUGAUUCUUCAUCUCACCAUGGUGCUGAAGAAGACCACCCACAGCAGCAGGCUGAUCUGAUGAGCCCAGCUCUGGAAGAUAAAGAUGUGGAGGGCACAAUGUUUGAGACCAACCUGCAUUUUCCUCCAGAUUUCCAGUUUCGUCAGAGGCAGAGCAGUUUUACCGACUCUUCAACUUCCCUCAAGUUUCCCCUUAACAAUAACUUUGGAGAAACUAACAGCGUUCAGGAAGAUGUUGAGAUUUCCAUUUUUGUAAAGGCUGGAAUAGAUGGAGAAAGCAUUGGGAACUGCCCGUUCUCCCAGCGUCUCUUCAUGAUCCUGUGGCUCAAAGGAGUUGUGUUCAAUGUCACCACUGUUGAUCUGAAAAGAAAGCCAGCUGACCUGCACAAUCUGGCUCCUGGGACCCACCCACCUUUCCUGACAUUUAAUGGAGAAGUCAAGACAGAUGUUAACAAGAUUGAGGAAUUCUUGGAAGAGAUUCUUGCACCUCCAAAGUACCCCAAACUGGCUGCUAAGCACCGGGAAUCAAACACUGCUGGAAUUGACAUCUUUUCCAAAUUUUCUGCAUACAUCAAAAACACAAAGCAGCAGGAUAAUGCUGCGCUUGAAAGGGGCUUGGUGAAGGCUCUGAAGAAGCUGGAUGACUACCUGAGAACCCCCCUGCCAGAGGAGAUUGAUGCAGACAGCACUGAAGAGGAGAAAGUGUCCAAACGCAAGUUUCUGGAUGGAGAUGAUCUGACACUUGCUGACUGCAACCUUCUGCCCAAACUCCACGUUGUCAAGAUUGUUGUGAAGAAAUACCGCAACUUCGAGUUCCCGGCGGAGAUGGCGGGGCUGUGGCGGUACCUGAAGAACGCGUACACCAGGGACGAGUUCACCAACACCUGUGCAGCAGACAAGGAAAUCGAGCAAGCCUAUGCAGACGUGGCCAAGAGGCUCAGCAAGUCCUAACUGCCCCAGCCAUGGCUCAGUACCCCCUUUUACAGACUCUGCUCCUUGUUGCCUUAAGAUGUACUUCGUCCUUAUGCUGUCUGGUUGGCACCUUUAUGACUUUACCUGUUCCAAGUGUAUUGGGCAGGGACAAAUCUGCCUCUCCCUGGAGAAAAGAGAAGGCAGCUGUCGGGGGGGAGGGGGGCGGACACUCCUUGAAGUCUAACCCAAGAUCUGGCUCAACUAGUAUUAUUUGCAAUCAGUAUUGGAAAUGAGUCCACUUGACUAGUUUCUUGUUCUGUGUUGGGGUACACCAUGACCUGUAUUCUUUAGAGUUUUAGAAAUAGCUGAAAUUUCAGGUAAGAGAGUUAGGAACACACAGAACUGUUUCCUCUCUAGGUUAUUUCAAGGACACUUUUCCCCUCAGUUCUAUUAAGAUCCUUGAGGCAUGAACAAAAUACAAGAGAGAGAGAGAGGGAGAAAAUAGGAGUUUGACCCUAAAGCAGAAAUGCUCUUAGCAGUUAUAUUUAAAUAAACUCUCUGAAUGCGUCUUCUGUCUUAGCAGGCCCAGGAGUUUAUAGGGUAUUUAUUUUUAACUUGGCGCAAGAGGGGGAAGCCUGAGUGAAUAUGUCAGACUUGCAGAUGCUACUCUGCAUAAAAUUUGCAUGAUGUUGUUGGAUCCAAAUGCUUAAAGCAAAAGAAAGUGAAAGAGCAAUUGAGCAGGCAGCCCUUGGAAGAGCAGGGCCUGUGCCAAAGUGCCCAGUGGAUCUGCUGGUUGGUAGAGACAGACACAGCAAUAACAGGGGCAGCAGAUUGACACCAGCACCCACAGAGGGAAUUGGCACAGCAAACCAAACCACGCAGGAUAUUGUCAUCUUGACUGUAUGGCUGCCAGUUCCUUUAUAAUUGCUAUCUUGGGAAACUCGGAUCAGCAGUGGGAAGCUGUUGCUGCACACGGAUUCCAGGCAGGGGAAGCGCUCUCGUCGCCCUGGGCUCCAGAUGGGUCACUCUAAAGCGCUCAUCAUCUCACCCCAGGAGGAGUUUGCUAUGGGAGCCUCAAAGAGGGCAGGCUGGCACAGUGAGAGCAUGUUUCCAGCCAGGAAUUCAGCAAGUGUGCUAGCAUGGAUUUCUGCUAGCAUCAUGCUAGCAGAAAUCCAUGCAUGAUGCCUCAAUCCCGCUCAUCCAUGCUUUACCUGUCCAGGUUCCACAAUUCUGAAUUAGGCUUUUUUUUUUUUUUUUUUUUUUUUUUUUUUUUUUUUUUUUUUUUUUUGUCUAAAAGAGGUUAUUUUGCUCUGUCUGCAGUGCCUGCCUGGCACAUCUGCUUUACACUGGUGAUUUUUUUGCACAUUUCUUCAGCAAAUUCAGAAUGAUAGCUCUCUCACUUGAAACUCAUGUGCUCCAGUACGUACAGGACAGCACAUGGUUCACGGGUUUCAGUUUGUGGGGGGAUUUAUUGCUGUUUUAAGAGAUAAAAUAAAGCUGAGCUGUAACCCGAUGUGGCUCCCCUUCUGAUCAGAGCUGCUAAAGCUGCACUGAUUUCAGGGGAACCCAAGCUGGUGAGUUGUGACCAAGGGGAACCUCACAGCAGACUUGUUUGCAGCCAGAGAGCUGGGAAAGUGGAACAACAUCGAAAGCCAGGCUCUGCCGUGUGAUGCUGAUGACAAUCUGAAACCAUCCUUUUGCUUUAGUGGGAUAAUUCCACUUUUCACAUCAACCCAGCUGGGAGCAGAAUGUUGCUCUUUCACUGAAGAGAGUUUGUGGUUGAUUAUUGUUUCAUAUGCAAUGGUCAAUUUGAUCUGAACUUUCAAAACCUUGGAAGAAAAUCCAUGAACUCCCAAAUCUUCUCCUAGAAUGGGCUAUUUUAGCAGUGGCUAGACUGGAGGGCAAAGGCUUGCACUAUUUAAAAUAUUGCUGAGAAAUUAGCUGGCUCAGAGAACACUAAUAGCAGGCAGAAAAAUCUGGUGAGAUUAGAAGUAUCUGCACAAGCACAUGUGGCUUGUUAAAAACAUUUCUUCAUGAGAUUAGAAUGAUUGUGAUAUUAUUUUCUUUUUUUUCUUUUUAAAAAUUCUGCCAAUUAUUUAUUUAUUUAUUUAUUUAUCUUAAUUGACUCACUCCUUUCUUUCUGUCUUUCUGGUUUUUGCUUUCACUCAAAACUUGGGUCAGAAUGUCUCGGUCAGUUUAGAAACGUGUUAUUAGCAAACUCUGCAAGUUGUUCUAGAGAGAAGUCUUCUAACUGAUCAGUGGUCCUGGGGAUUUUUUUUACUCUCAGUAUGAUCCUGUCAAUCAACAGAAACUACAUUUUUCUCAGUGGCCUUUCCCCAGGUUUGCACUUCAGUCAGUAGCUUGCCUUUGUCACAGUUGCUGUAUUUGAAUAAAAGGUGCAGAAGCAGAUGCAGAUUCUUGUUCUCUGCUUAUUCUAUUUAUAUCCUAAAAGAAGACUGUCCAAACAUGCAGCAGAUCUCAGGCAGGUGAACCAAGGUCUGCCCUGAUUUCCACCUCUGAAUCUUCACCCUUUUACUGAAUUUCCUAGUUCUGAAAUUCUCUUACAUGUUUGUCUCUGUUUUUCAUAGAAGAGGGCCAAAUCACAAUCAGCUGAUUUCAGUGACCUCAAAUUGCAUCUGUUUUAAAAAUAUUAUGUUUAAAAAUUGUUAGACUUAUGUCAAAAAUAAAAUUAUAUAUAAAUGCAAUGAGCUUUUUCUUAAAAACUUUUUAAGAUUUCAUAAUAAAAUCUAAAAGUCCUCAGGCUAAUUUCCUUUCAAUUAGUUACAAAAAAAAAAUCCUUAAAUAUCUUCAUUUUUCAUACAGUAUUCCAAAAUAUCUAGAGAAAAUAAAAUGAUGGAUAUUAGAAAUUAUAGAAAAAUGGAGCAGUUUUCAGCUGUGCUUCUGGUUCUGCCUGAAUUCAAGUCUCACUCUGUAUCCUAACUUUGCAUUUUACUCAUAACUCUAUUAUAGGCUGAUCCAAGAUUAUGGACAGGUUCAGGCAGUCCCUGACCUUUGUUUGGGUUUGAAAUCCAAGCUCAUGUUUUCAGAUCCGUAACUUUCUCUCACCUUUGUGCUGUUUGGCUUUAUCCAUUGCCAGAAGCAGGAAAUACUGGAAAUCCUACAUAGAAAAGUGUUUUGCUAAGAUUUUGAGCUCAGUUCUCAAGGCUCAGGAUCCAUCACCAACAAGAUUUUAAAGGGCUCCAGACUCUUUUAGGCAAAGUAUUUUUGGUGACCUUGCAUUGUAUUUAGAAUUAUAAGUAAUAAAUAUUAAUCAUACAGGAUUGCAUAUCUACAUUGGCAGGGCAGCAUUUCUGAAAAGAAUCUAAGUGACAAGACAGACAUUGCAGAUUUACAAUAACUUUGUUCAUAAAUUUUUUUGCAAGAUGUAAAGAAAGACAUAGUGCAGAGAGGGAAGAAGCCAACAAUGUGGAUUUAAUCAUCUACAUAUCAGAAAUGCAGACCAAAUGUCUGUGAAGAUGGCCAUUUCAUCCAAACAUUUCUUAGAUAUUUAUUUCAAAGCUCCUUGCUCAGUCAAUCCAACACUCCAUUCAUAUUGGAACAAAUAUUGAUUUUUCUUCUAUUAGCAGUAGUAUGGGAGCUCUUGAGGCUCCCAUAGAUUAGUCACCCUUAUUCUCUGUUAAAACUGUUUGGAUUGCCAGGAGGUAAUUUUGUAGCACAGGUAGGACUAAAGAGUAUCUAUUUAAAGUCUAUUUAAAUCAGGCCUCCUGAAAAAUAUUUUUUCCUAUAGAAAUCACAUAAUGAUAUUGCUUUAUCAAGUCUAGUGUGGAAUAGAGAACUACUGGUUACUCCUCUGGUUGCAUCAGCUGAAAAGCCACGGCGAAUGACAGUCUAUAGCACAAAGAAAAUAGACAACUUUGUUUCCUACAAGAAAGUUCAGCUGAAUUGCAUGCAGCAUUUAUUUUAAAUAUAUAUUUAUUUUAUUUUUACCCCUUAAACACCUUUAUCCCUCUCUUGUCAAAUUCUUGCUCAAAUUUGGCUCCAAGUUAGCCAUAACCAUUUCCUCAGUCUUAAGUAGCAGAUUCUUGUGGAUGGGUACAGGGGGAAACUGUUUCAGUGUAGCCCUUCCAUCUGAUGGGAUGGAGCCCCCUGUCUGAUCUCCUAAGUUUGGCUAAUUAACUGAGUUAAAGGUAUUGCAAAAAUUUAGCCAGUGGAAAUCACACCCCUGUAAAACCAGAAGCACAUGGAAGCAUUAUUAAAAAAAAAAAAAAGAAUUGGUGUUUUAAAGAAAAAAAUAACCCCUAAGUCUUGUGUUCUCCUUCAUGGGUAUUCUUUAAAGCAUCAGGAAAUUUGUCUUUAUUACUUUUCUAGAAGUAUUCAUUAUUUUUGAAUUGUUUUUGAUAUUAUUUGAUAUUAAGAAACAUUUUUCCAGUAAGAUUUUUCCUCUCUGCUGAAUCUUUCAUCUCUUCAUUAAUUUUGAUGUCUGCAAUGACUUAGUAAUUCCAGAGGAGGCAGGAAAACUGUGAGGUUUAUACUUGUUGAGAAGUUGAAGGAAGUAGUGAUUUCUUUUUUUUUUUUUUUUUAGAAAACAGCAUUGAAAUUUUUAAAAUUGUGUCCUUUCAUCUGGGAAACUUUAACCAAGAGUGAUAGACUGUUUAGUCUGGUCCAUGAAUUUCAGCACAGACAUGAGCAGGGCAGCAUGCUGAAGGUGGCUUAGCCCAGGGGUUUCUCUCAGGUAGUAGACAUUCCCUCUGAGUCCCAAAUUUCCCAUUUCCCCUUUUCAGGAGGGCUGUGCUGGUUUGGACACUGAACUACCACAGCCCACUCAGUGCUCAGCAGUGAAAGGAGGAGUCCUGUUCCCUUUCCUCCUGUUCCAGCUCAGGUGCAGGGAAAACAGAGCAUUAAGCUGCUUUAUUUCCUUGUCCCACAUUCCAAACAACACUCGGCCCCAGAAAAGCUGAGAAACCCCAUCCAGGGCUGUUUUCCAAAGCUUGAUCUGUCCUUUUUUUAACAAGUAACAUAAAAGCCCGGAGAAUCCCCUGUAACUCCCCACGCAGGACUCAGCAGCCUCUCAGACCGCAGCAAUCAUCUUAUUCCCUCGUUGCCCCAAAUCAUUCCCCUUUCACCAUUCACUGGAGAGAUACUAAUCCUGAAAACAUCCCCAAGGAUGUAUUUGAAUGUGGUGUAUUUGAGCUGUGCUCAUCAGCUAAGCAGCUCUGAAUGGUGGCAUUGUCACAGCCCGGCGGGUCGUGCUUCUGCUGCCAAGGGGACCCACCACAGGCUGGAGGAGCCGAAACUGCCCCAAAACCAGUGAUGGUGCAACCACGAUGAAAGGUUUGAGGGCCACCUUUCCCACCUUUCCUCCUGUUUGGCUCCCUGGCUGAAGUGUUAGAGCUCAGCUGGAGCCGUGAUCCAGUGCUAAUGAGCAUUUCUAGCUUGCAGCAUGUGAAUAGGGACUAGUGAUGUGUUUAAUGUUAAACAUGUGCUUGCCUGCCUGCCUGCCUGCCUGGAGAGGGGCCUAAAAGUCAGGACAGAAAAGCCUCUAUUAAUGAAGGGCAUUAUUAUUCUCUUCCCUUUGAAAUCUGGUGGCAGAAUUCCCAGUGGGGGAAUUCCCAAUAGGAAUUCCCAGUAAAGCCAAAGGUGGCAUAAGCAUGAAGAUGUUUGGAGCGCAGAGAGAGCAGAGAGCACUCAGGGAGCAGAGGAGGCUGCAGGGCUGUGAAGGUUCUUAGUGCAGAAGGAGGACACUGGUGGUAACUGCGGGGACACCAGCAGUGCUGCCAGGCUCUGUUCUGGUCCCAUGGGGGUUCAGAGUGCAGCAGGGACCAGGCUGUGCUGGCAGUGUCAUGCCAAGGCGUGUUCUGCUCUAUCUCCAACCACACUCCCUUUGGUGGUAUCCCACAGCACAGCCAUGCCUCCAUUGUGUCUGCCUCACUCUUAUUAUGAAGUGUUUUGUCUCAAGAAAACUAAGAAGGGUGGGGGAAUUUUUUCUUUUUUUUUUUUUUCUUUUUUUUUUUAAUGUAUACACGGAGUAAAAACAAUCCAAAUAUGCUUUAAUGGUUCUCAACAUGAUACUGUCAAUUCUCACCACAGGGUGAAAUUUGUUGGUGGAAAUUAAAUUAAAUUAAAUUAAACAGAAAAGCUUGGCUAUUGCUAAUGGGUACUACUGGGAGCCCUAAAAGCAGUUUGCAGCGUAGAACCAUAACAGGAGUGAACAUCCUUUAAUUCCCAGAAUUGCUUGGGUUUCACAGGGUCAUUUUAGCCUAUUCUGUUGCACUGCUGAGAAGUUGCUCUUUCCCUGUCUCUCUAGAUCUAUAAACGCUGAAGAAUUUGGGCAAUGGCUACAGGCAUCAAAUCAGUCUUUUUCACUCCUUUUUUUUCCUCCAUUAAAUUAACUAUUUAGUUUGGAAGUAAGCAAUAAGCAAGUAGAGUUUGCAAACAGCAGAUUUCUCUUUCAUUAAGAAAGUUUUUGAGAGCUUUUAAGAGGAAAUGAGAGGUUAUCCCCAGCUUUGGGAAUAAACUGUGGUAUAAAAUACAGAUGUAAGUGGAAUUCUGAAUAAAUUAUUGAAGCAGAAAGAUUGCAGUUUGUUUUAAGGAGCACGCUUAGGAGAUAAAUGGAUAGAAUAUUCCAAAUAUUGCAAUAGGGACUUUAGUUUCUGCUUUGGGUUUGGGGGGGAUUGUGUUUGUUUUCUAUGUAUACAUAUAUAUAUUCAGAGUAUUUAUGUGCAUUAUUUAAUUCAAUAAUGCUGUGAAGUUUGUUGGGAUGGAAAGUGGCAUAAAGAGGAAAACUUACACUUUUGAAACAGCACUAUUAUUUCUGUGUCUUUGAUUUGGUUCCCACUGGAAUAAACAAGAACCACACCAUUAGUCCUGUGGCAGCAGGAUCUCAGCUUCACAGACCCCAGAAGUUUGGCAGUCCCUUGGAGGGCAAGGUAAUUUGCUGUUCAGCAACCCGAGCCUUGCAGUGGGCACAGUGCAUUUUGAAGGCGUUCAGAGCCGGUCUUGGGUGAGGGAAUGAUGCUUGCAAAGGACCCCAGUGAAUCCCCUGCUGUUUUAAAAUGAGAUUAAGCCAUCAUGAGAUGUGGACUGGCUAACCCCAAACCAGACACGCUGGCCUGCAGCGCAGCCGCUAAAUUGGUCUGACAUCAGGAACCGCAGCGAAGGAGCUUGGCCUCAGAAGUGAGUCAAAGCAGCAUCUUUGUCACCAGUCAUUUUCUAUUUAUAAUGACACAGAUCUAUUUUAUAAUCACGGGGAGGCACAACAGGAGUGUGCUUUGUUCUGCCUAAAUCGCAUUUCUCGUGCGGGUGCGUUUAAACACAGCCCUUGGCCCCUUGCCCCACACCACACACACCCAGGGCGGGCAGUUCUGGCACAACAAUGCACACCCUGUCGUGCUUGAAUGCUCAAAGCCUACAGUGCUGGAGCAAUAAACUCCUGCUAAAUGGCUUAAAAAUGUUCCCUUAAGUGCACCGAGCUGCCCUGCUGCUGCCUCACUUCUCAUUUCCAAUGCUGUUCUGUUUCUAAGCCUUGUGUUUCAAAGAAACCAGGAGUAUGUUGUGUUGUUUAGUGAUGAAAAUUGCUGGGCAUUAUUAACUGUAAGAAUUUGGGGUGAAAAACCCCACUCUCCAACCCAAGCCAGCCCUCUUUCCUCAUGCAAACCUGACAGCUUUAACUCCUGAUGGUGUUUUCAAGGCUCUAAACAAAUUCCAAACAGUUGCUUGGUUUGGUUCCUGGAGAACGGGUCCUCAUAUGUGCAAACCCUCAGAGCUAUGAUGGUAACCCCACUUUGCUCCCUUUUUGUACUUUUUUUUUCCUUUUUUUUUUUUUUUAAUAUGAAGGGUCCUGCUAUGUAUUUCCUAGAAAAUUGUGAUCUUGUGAUCAGUAGAUUUAUUUUUGUAACCUGUUUUCAGUUCUAAAGCCUGAGGAUCAAAACUGAGUUGCAUAGCAGGAUUCAGGGGUGAGCAGAAGUGCUUUUUUUCCCCACCCAAAUCUACUCAUUUUCAGGUCCUGACUCAUUUGGAGCACAGUUUACUUUGAGGAAGUCUGAGGUUGAAAGAGAGGAAGGGGAGCCCACAGAGAGAGGAUAGCAGGAACCAGUUUGGAAGUCUUAAGAGAUAUGUGGACAAGUUUCCUAUCGAUGUGUGAGCAACCUGUGCAGACACCUGCAUGGCACCAAUGCACCCAUGGUUGCUUAAAACCUGCACUGAUGUUCAAAGUUUGGGCAGUGAACCAUGAGAUGAUGAUCAGACAUGAUACCUCUUCAGGGCAUUGCACAGGCAAAAAAAGAGCUCGUUUGAAAGGACACUCAAAUUUUUAGCUACUGGUCAAGACCUGAGUUCACAUGACUGGAUUUUCUCCUCCAAAAUGUCAUUAAUCCCAGAAAUGGCUAGUGGCUUCAGAGCUCCCACCCAAAGUACUGGGCUGAAAGCAAGAUCAGAAACUCAUAUGGAGAAAUCAGGAAUUCCUUUAAACUCAGACCUAGUGAGCUUCAAAGAAAAGUAAUUUAUUGGUAAGCAACUAUUUUAUAGUGUCUGACAGUGAAAAGUAACUGUGUAUCCAGAGGCUUCCAUCAGAUAAGAAAGCAAGCCAGGAUCCCUUUGCAUACUUGUGUUUUUCAGUCAAGGAACAUCCUCUCUUAAUGUGCAAUUUUAGAUUAGACUGCAGCCAGCUGGGGUAGGAGCUAUGUAUUUGGUCUCUGCAUGUGCAGCUCUUUCCAUGACAUGACCUUGAUUAGGGCCUUUGUGUGCUGCUCUAACCCUCAUAAUCUGUAAUAAUAGGAAAAAUAUAAUUAAAAUGUCAUUGCAGUUCACCUUUAAUAUUAUGAUAGUGAGAUUGUACUCUAUCAACUGUGAAUAAAAUAAUGUCCUUUUUGUAUAAUAGGUAGUAUAUUUUAUUAUUGAAGAAAGAGUUAAAUUUAAUUUUUAAACACAAAAAACUAUCUGCUCAUUGUUUCAUUUUAAGCUUUUGAAUAUGUACGCAAAUAUUUCUUUUGUACCCUUCCAAUGAGUAUGUGUUAAAUGAAGAAACCCACCUUCCUGAAAUGGAGCUGUUUAUAAUUAUAUUCCAAGAGUGAUUAACACCUUAUAAUUUGAAUAAAAGUGGUUUAUUUUCUCA